AUGCGCACGACGGGCGCGACGAACAUCAACGAGCACUCCUCGCGCAGCCACAGCAUCUUCACGAUAUUCAACCACGAGCGGGGCUCGAAGCUGAAUCUCGUCGACCUCGCAGGGUCGGAGCGGAACAAGAAGACGCAAAACGUGGGGCAGCGGUUUCGUGAGAGCAUUGCCAUCAAUGGCGGGCUGCUGGCGCUCGGAAACGUCAUCCGCGCACUUAGCCGCAACCAUUUUCAGUGCCCCGACAACCCACGCCACGUGCCGUACCGCAGCAGCAAGCUCACACGUCUUCUGCAGGACUCUCUCGGCGGCAACAGCAGCACACUGCUUAUCGCAUGUGUUGCGGCCGAUUUGGAAAAUAGCGAUGAGGCGACGCGCACUCUCCAGUACAGUGCACUUGCUAUGCACAUAUUGAACGAGCCACUCCCGCAGUUUGACGAGGAGGUAGCGGCGACGGCUGCUGCUGCUGCGGCUGCAGCUGCCGAUCAUAGCAACGGAAGCCGUUGCGUCGAAGGUGUUACUUGUGACGACAGCUUUGAAGUGGCGGAUCUGCGACAACAGGUAGCAGCGCUACAGGACCAGGUUCAAAGGUGCCACCAGGAGCUUCGGAAUGACAAGAAGGUGUUCGCGCAACAGAUCAAGGACAUGCGGCUCUUGUUGGAGGAUAAUGAGUUGCUGAGGCGGCGAGUGGCAUUUCUUGAGGGCCGCCCUGCCACCUCGGGCUGCGAGGUCAUGGAAUUGAACAUGGAUGGAUGGCGUCAGAGGCAGGAACAGCGGCAAAAUAAUCAAGAAGGACACCAAUGCCAGCCGCAGCAGCAACGACAGUGGUGGAGCACAGAGACCCUACCGCCCAACCCGAAUUACGUCCAGGAUUCCCUGCAACUACGCGGCAUACAACCCCAGCAGGGUGACCGCGAUGCCACGGGGCAGCAGAAGAUCCCCCCACCACACGGUGCUGUCUGGGGUGAUGGGGAAAGGGCGAUGGGCAGGGGAAAUGAGUUGAAACAACAACAACAACACCAGCAGCAGCAGAAAGAUUAUGUGAAGACGACACUUGCUUUCAAUAGGUACAGCGAGGCGGUGGCGUCAGUGCCAGCGGCAGAGCGGCCAACGAGUGGUGACAACGGCGGCAGAGACGGGUUGGGCGGCGUGGAUGGAACAGUGGCAGCGCGGGAGGAGCAGCUCAGCCUUUUGGCGAAGGAGGCUCUCUACUACCAGAGUAGCAACAGUGAGCUGCGCCGCCGUCUCCGGAGUCUGCUUGCAUUGUACGAAGCCCAGCAGCGGGAGACGGCCAUGCUGCGCCUCGAGGUCAACCAGAUAGAGCAACUCUUUGCCGGCGCACCGCACGCUUAG